AUGGAGACAGAUAACAGUUUAACGGCAAUGGACUGGCUUCCAAAUCUCAGCAUUAAUAUGCUAGCUGCAUCGAUAGAAAGCGAUUUUUCGUUUAAUCUAGACUUUUCUACGCCUUCAGCGACCGCAGAUGACAACAAGACAGACUCUGAAUGCGGAUCAGCAAUUUGCCAGCCGGAGGGUAAACCUCCUUAUAGCUAUGCCAGUUUGAUCACCGCGGCCAUUCAAAGUUCUCAUGAAAAGCGAAUGACACUGAGUGAAAUAUAUCAGUGGAUUUGUGAAAAUUUUCCCUACUAUUGUGAAGCAGGUGGUGGCUGGAAGAACUCUAUACGUCAUAAUCUUUCACUUAACAAAUCCUUCACGAAAGUUCCGAGGUCGAGAGAUGAUCCCGGAAAAGGCUCUUAUUGGUGCUUAUCUAGUGAUGUUGGUCAUGAGUACGAGUUCUCAAUCUCCUGUCCCAAAAAACGAAUUUUAUCCACUGAUCCCAACGGCAUAUCAUGCAACUCCUACUCGCCCUCCGUAGGCCAACAACAGCAACACUCUCCUGGAAGCAACCAAUCGGACAACAAUGCCAGCCCUUUAGAUUGCUGUAGUCCAAAAUCCGGACAACCCAUAACCGUGGGUCAAAAAAAACGCCAACAUAUCAAACAAACACAAAGUAACCAUUCAAUAGGUGAGGAAUAUCAUGGGUCGUACCUUCCGCUGUCGACUUCCCAUGUUCAGGACCUGACCAAACCGUCACACAAUCCUGGUGGUUGCGCCACUGGGAUCGAGGACAUUUCUCCUUCUCCAGGAAUCGAUUACACAGAGUUGUGCUUACCGAGGAGGCCAAUGCAUGCCAUCAACAACAACAAGUCCCAGUCUAUGGGUAUGAUGGGGCCAUUUGGGCGAGCCACAUCACCUCUUCGGCCCCAGGAGGGAACCAACAAGUCAUGUGUAGAUCUGUCGCUCUUAGACAACAGUCUUCUUCCAGCUUCACGAGAUCCCACAAACUGUUACUACGCUGCCCAUUCCAUGAUUGACGAUCGCAGUUCUUAUGCCUUGACCAGCCUCACGACGGACGAUACGGAACAGUCCGACGAAAGUGAAUUCCAACGAAACCAUAUUGGGAAAAACUUCACUGUUUUGAACGCGAACAAGUGUGCAACCAGUCAGAUGAGUGGAUUUGCAAGACCUCAGUUUCUAACAUCUACCACUGCGUCUUCCGGGUCAGAUUUCUAUUUGAUACCUAAUGAGUCACACAUGGAUCAGAACACCAACCUGGAUGGAUCAAGCUCCUCUAAAUCUAGCUUCGAUAUUUCCAGUUACGAUUUGGAUUUGAGCGCUUCUUUCCGACACUUGUAUCAUGUUCUGUUUGAUUCACAAGGCCAAACCACUCUGCAGUCCAACCUGUGUGCGGACGAAUGCGGUAAAUCUGCUGCUAACACAAACCUAACAACCACUUCGCAACCUACCUCGCUGCAGGCAGGUUUCGUUCCCAUUAGGACGGUUACUACCACAGCCGCAUACGACUUGAUGAACGUCGGUCGAAUCCUUCUAAACUCCCACAAGACUGAGUCAAAACUUGUCUCCGGUUCGGACGAAAACACAACUGAAGCUCUACCAGCACAGAAUUUAAACUACUUGCUUCAGCGCAGUUUACAUGCCGCUAGUCAGUUUGACUGGAACUCGGUCAACUUAAAUGAAUUUUCAGACCUGACUGCCAAAUUACGCGAGGCCACCGUGGAUCCGAAUAGUCUUAGUGUUACACAACUGAAAGAUUUAAACAGUUGCCUGGAAAAUGCAUUUAUCCGCAUAGCGGAUGAAGUUACUAGUUAUGGAACCAGAAAGCCGUUGAUGAAUCCACCGGAACAUCACAAAACAACUUCUUGCACCAACAGUAUGAGACAGGCUUCCUCAAAUGAUUACACAAAUUCAACGUCACGUGUGUCAAGUUUGGGUGACCAGGAGGAAUUGACAUUCACACCAUUGACCAAACCGGUGACAGCACACAAUGGGGGCAGUUUGUCGACGACGCAUUCGAACGUGGUCUUUUUGAUGGACGCUGCCACUUCGGACUUACCAUUCUUACCAGCUUCCACACGAUACCACAAGGGACGUUCCAAUGAUGCAGGCUUGUGGGAACUAGAAUCUAUGGCUACACAUAGCGCUUAUGGAGGACACCAUGAAUCAGUUCUUUCCGAAGGCACUCCAGAAGCUUGCUCAUCCUCCGGAGGUGUUACGUUUGAGUGCUUGAAACCAGGUCAAACACAUGAACUCUCAAGUGUUUGCUCGACAGGAUCAAAAGUUACACUGCCAAGUUGCGAUUCUUGGUUACGUACUACUUCGGAUGGGGUCUCGACUUCCGCAUACUUCAGUCCGGUUCCGACAGAGAUAUACACAGAUAUUUCCGGUCACUAUUCCGGUUGUCAUGUGAGCUCUGGUAGUUUUGUCGGUGGUGUUGGUGGAUUCGGUACAGCUGACAGCGCGCACUCCACGUGGAUCGAUCCUCGCCUGUCGCAGCGGAUAAUGAACUUGCUGCCAGUAGAUUCAGAUUCCGAGAGAAUGCAGACUAAAACUCCCUAUCACUCUUCACGGUUGUCCUCUGGCAUUUCUAGUGUCGUGAGUACAGAAACGGAACUUGGCGAUGGAAGACCUUCCACAAUUCAAACAAAAACGGCGUUACACACCAUUUCUCAGAAUGAUCAUCCAACCAAACAUCAGUCCGGUAUUUAUAUGUUAUCUUCCCAAGCCACUGUUCAUCCCAUGGCGCAAAGCAUUUUUCAUGACCUUUAUAUGGACAAAUCCGGACUACAUUCCGGUGUAGGCUUAAUGCCUGUCACUAGCCAGUCAACCAACACAUUUCAAGAAACAGUCACUGGGCCAGAACAGUUCAACUGGGAUUCGAUUGCUUAGCCGAUUCCUUUCAUUAUUAUUCACAACAUUUUAGAAAAGCUCACUAGCCCCCAUUGUGAUGAGAAUCCAACGGCCUGAUAAAACCACGUGCAUUUAUUGAUUUUUCUGGUAUGCUUCAAUUUAAGUUUCCCUCGCCAUAUUUGCCUCUGAAGUGAUACAUUGUUCCGGUUGGCCAGUCACGUGAUUAACCAAGCGGUCCGCCUUUAUUAUCCCAUAUCAUGAAUGAACACAUAUCAACGAGAGUUCUGAAUUUUCGUGAACUACGAGCGUUUUUUACACGGUGUUUUUAACCCAGUCACUCGUGUUCAUCGUCGAGUAUCGAAACAAGACGCUUUAGUUUUUCCUGUGUCUGCCUUUUUCUCUGCUGUGCUUGUCUCGCAUUGGUCUAGGGUUUACAUUCCGUGGUUGCUUUCGGUCAGUGGUGAUAUUCAGAUCGGCACAUCAUUGUGCCGCACCGAUGAUUCUGUACCACACACAUAUCAAGGACCAGUCACUUGGUCCACUCACACCUCAUCUUGCCUUGCAAAUUUGUAGCAAACUUUUCUAUAUAAAAGCGUACUUUUAACGUUGGCCUCGUUUCAAAUGGUCAAUCAGUAAGUAGAUGCCAACUGUUUUUUGUCUAGCAUUUCUCCUUUCGACCUGUUCAUCUUUAUGCGCUCUUACUUGUCUGUCUUUCCUUUUAGGAUGAUCGAAUUUCGUCUGUAACUGGUAGAGUUGUUUUUUUUGAUUUUGUCCUCAUGAGACCAGAGCUAAUUCAUUUUAUCUGUCGCCCGUCCGUAUGCAUUUAUUGUCGUUCAUCUUCGCGACUACCUAAUGGGACUGACUUUGUACAUUCCCACUUGACUUUUGCCACAUCACAUCCCACUUCUCUUUUUUCUCUCUGUGUUACUUGUUGUUAUUUUUUUCUUCGAAAGAAAACCAUCAUUUUCUCUUCUUGCGCCUCGUGUCCUCCUGGUCUA